AUGAAUCAGAUUUGGCGCAAUUUCGUAUUCAAUCGUUCUAGCGGUUCCAUAGCCACCAUUCGCCUUCUAUCGCUAACCCUCCAUCUGUAUGAAAAUGAACGUUCCAGCGGAAACCACGGGGUUGUCAUCGGACACGUCCCUUCGGCCGAAUUCCACCUUGAGUGACGAAACAUUGUCGGCCACCUCCAGUGUUUCCUCGGACGAACAUGAGAGUCUGGAGUUGGAAGACGAAUUAGCCAUUCUGAGGGAGGACGGCUUGUACCACCAAUUCCGCACUCUCUUAUCUUCGGGCAAAUCCCGGGGAGGACGUAGUAAGCCAUCAUCGGACACGCCUCCAUUGGAAGGGGGAGAGACCGGCAUCAAGACCCGUUCUCGAGCCCCGGUCCCAUCAGUGGAUCUCUUCAGUUCCGACGAGAACGAUGAUGACUACGUGGUUAGCGCCAAGGCCGGCUUCGGUCAGGAAAUCGGCCAAGGGGAUCCAGGAUUCGUGGACGACAUGGGCCAAGAUCCUCUAGAACCGUUCCUGCCCGAGGGUUUUGCCACACCAAGUGACUCCUCUUCUUCUGAUGAGGAACUGGACGUCGUGGAUGCGGAAGAAGUUUCUGAAUGCUUGAAGGAUGUCGAAGUGCCAUUGGUUAUGCGGAACGAAGCUGCCCUAAGAUUUCCUUUCUUGUGGCGAACCAAAUCGAAAUUGGCUGAUGUCGAUGAAAAUGCUAGUCAUCACACGGAUUCGGACCCCGACUUUGAAUUAGUGGAAGAAGACUUUGACGCUUCGUCCUCAUCCGAAGAUGAAGAAUAUGACACGGCUCGUGAAGAGGAUAUCGCGGAUAUGAUUGCCCACUUAAAGUUAAACCAGAAUGAAGAUGAGAUGGUUGAGGUAAAUGCUGACGAAGGUGCGUCUGUGUUUGUUGUGGAGAAGAGUCCCGGUAAAGAAGAUCCCCAAGGAAUGGAUGUUCCUGCUGAAGAGGUGCCCGAGGGAGCUGUGGUCUACGAACACUACAAACUGGCCGAAUCCAUCUUCUCAUUCAAAGAGGAAUCGUACAAGGAUGAGGAGGACUCUGAUUUUGAACCCGACGAGUUCGAAAUGGAAUCGGAAGUCGACACGGACUCUGCUUCAGAAUCUGAAUCCCAGGUUGAGACGUAAUCAUCAAGACUGGAUCAUUCGACCCUCUCUGUUUUAAGGAAUGUCAAUCUUUCGACUUUUUGUAAUUGCCCGACUUUUCAACGCUCUUAAAUAAAUUACCGAGUUCCUCGUG